CCUGCAGUCCCCUCACUGCUUCAGUCUCUCAGUGAUCUUCCUCCUGCUCUGCUGAUCGGUGACCCCGUCGCAGGAUGUCUUCCACCCCGGCGCUGCCCCCCCUCUUCACCACGUUUCCCUCCUUCCCCUCCGCCUCUCCAGGAGCUGCAGAGCUGAAUGGCACCUCCUGCACAGAAUGGGAUCAGGCGCACCACCUCCUCUUCCACCUGGGGAGCCUGUCCCUGCUGCUGGCUCUGAUCCUCCCCAGCACCAUGAGCCUGCACAUGAUCCUGCUGCGCCUCCUGCUAAUGACAGGAUGUGCUCUCUUCAUCUUGUGGGCCACUCUGUACCGCUGCAACCUGGAUGUGAUGGUGUGGAACGUGGUGUUUCUGCUCGUCAACUUCAUGCACCUGUUCUUCCUCCUGUACAAGCGCCGGCCGAUCAAGAUUGACCGGGAGCUUCGGUCCGUCUACAAGCGGAUGUUUGAGCCGUUGCAUGUGAAGGAGGCCCUGUUCCAGAGGCUCACAGGACAGUUCUGCACCAUCCAGACUCUGAAGAAGGGCCAGGCCUACGCAGCCGAGGACAAGACCUCCGUGGACGAACGCCUCAGCAUUCUCCUCAAGGGAAAGAUGAAGGUAUCAUACAGGAGCCACUUCCUGCACAACAUCUAUACGAAUGCAUUCAUUGACUCUCCAGAGUUCAGGUCCACUGAGAUGCACAGAGGAGAGAAGUUUCAGGUGACCAUCGUGGCAGAGGAGAACUGUAAGUACCUCUGUUGGUCCCGAGAGAGGCUUACCUUCUUCCUGGAGUCGGACACCUUCCUCAACGAGGUGUUCAGGUACCUCAUCGGCAAAGACAUCACCAACAAACUGUACUCUCUGAACGACCCCACACUCAGUGACAAGGCAGUGAAGAAGAUGGACCGUCAGCCCAGCCUGUGCUCUCAGCUGUCUAUGAUGCAGAUGAGGAACAGUAUGGCGAGCACCAGCGACACCGAAGAUGUUCUUAACCAGAUUCUACAAAGAGGUUCUGCAGGCUCAUCACAAAAAUCUCCUGGCCUCAGGGCCUCCAAAAAGAUGAAGCCCAUAGAAGAAGGCAUGGAGGAUGACGUCUUCGAGCAAUCUUCUCCCUCCGAGUCUCACCGUAUGCCCAGCACCUCCACCACUGAGGAGGUGUAGCUGCAUGAGGGGGGGCUUGUCACAUUGUGUAGUGUAGGUCUGUUUAUAACCUCACAACCAGGGCCUGGUCCUUAUGGCCCGCAUUAUCAGCCAUGCCACUAUCCUGGGUAAAAGGAUAUCUGGCAGUCCAUGUCGGUGAGAAAGGUCAAAGACAUGUUCGUGAUCACCUACCACUGACAAGUUUAUUAUAAACAGUGAAAUAUCUUGGUAAAAAAAACAUUAAAAGGAAAUGUUUAUGUAAAUUCUGAAACGAUUAGGUAGAGGAAUCAGAUUUUUAUUUGUAUUUCUUUGAAUCUACAAUAAUUGACAGUUGUGAAUAGGUCGUAAAACAGACAGUGAACAUAUUGUCAUAUUAUUGAGCUGCACUCACAUGAUACCUGGUAAAACGUUGUGUCUCUAUGGAGAGAGCUCUGCUGGCCGACUACGCAGAAGCGCUACCCCCUUGUUGCUCACUGCUCGAAAUUGUAGCAAACUGUUGCCUUCAAAGUGCAAUUUAUUUCAACUUAGACCUCUUUUACCGCUGACCUUCCUGCAAACCACCAAUCAGAUGACCCCGCUGCGGGUAACCAUAGAAACAAAUCUUAACUAGGUGGGAUCUGCGCCCAACCUACGAGUUAGCAAAAGAGCAAAUAUUGUACCAUGUGAAUGCAGCUUUACAAAGUUGGUACGAUGAAUAUGUCUCCCAUCCAGCGGACACAAAGCAACAUUACCACCCUGAAGAGAUGUCUGUAUGUAAAGAUGAAUGUAACUUUAGCUCUGGCUUUUGUCUCCACCAACUCCAGGGAAAAACAUCUGGCUGCUGCUUUAUAUUCACCUGCUAAAUGCUAACUGUCUGACUACGAUGGUCAGCAGUAGCAGUGUAAAGUGUGUUUCGAGAGCUUUUUUUGUAUUUCCAAAGAGGUUAAUACUUUCAUUUGUUUCUGUAAAUCAUAGGCAUUGAUGCAAGUCCAUAAUUAUGUUUUUCAUAUUACAGCCACAACUUUUUCCUAUAUUUAAACACAAACUUAUACUUUUCACAACUUUCACAACAGGAUCUUUGUUAGUGAGGGUCAUUGUGGGAAAAACUGUGAAAAAAAAGAGUGCACUGUGGGUGUUAAAUAUAUAUUUAGAGUGAAAUGUCCUGACACUGCUUGCUAUAUAUAUACAAUUUUUGGAUGCUGUUAUUAUUGUAACUUUUGUAAAAAUAAAUGUUGUACUUAGUUCUUUGCUUUUCAGAUUUAUGACAUGGGGGGCCCCCCUGUGGCCACAGUGAGCUACCUAUACAAAGCUCAGCACAGUGGGCUGCUUAUCCAGUGUGAAGGCACACAUCAUACAUCAUUUAUCUCUAAUUCAGCAUUCAAAACACUUUUAAAAAAUAAUUUGGCCUAACUGUUGAGAAGCUAUGCCCUAUAUUGCAGUUUCUUUAGUUCCACAUACUUUUUAGAUAACUAUUUGUCAAUAUCUGGAAGGCAGACUGAUCCCUCAUAAAUGAUUUAUAUUACCUAUAGAUUAAGAUAUAAAUAGAUGAAUCAGUAGCAGUUGUGAACAAGUAUGAUAUAGUUUUAAUGUAAUUGGAGGUUAUAUAACGUUCUAAAACUGCCCUUUGCUAAGCAGAAGCAGUUACAUUUAUGCAAGUAUAUAUUUUAUGUAUACAUUGAAUCAGAUGACAACUUAAUGAUAAUGUUGUCUUAUCAGUAGGAAUAACACCACUAACAAAGAUCAUAUCUGUUUUGUAUUUUGCAAUUGCUUUGCAAUUUUUUACAAAUGAUAUAAGGCAACAACGAAUUAGUUUGAAUAGUUUUGAAUUUUGAACAUGCUUGUCUUUAUUUGUUUGUGUAUUUUUUUGUACAUCAUGUACUUUCUUUGUUGUUUUAAAUUGUGCCGGGAAAAAAAUGGCCUUGAACUUUCUUUAACAUUUUUUAAUUAAUCAAUCAGCAAAAUGUGUCAAUGUAAUGAUCCAAGUGAUGAUGCAGUCUGGAGGUAAUUUCUUCCAACAGCCAUCACUUCAGCACCCUACUGAAUAUUCCUUCCUUAUAUUUUAAAUAAAGUCUAACGGAUUCCAAAGGUUA